AUGGAUGGAGAGCUGCCCUGUGCUGAGGUGGAUGGAGAAGUGUCCUCUGCCACGGAGGAUCUGGGAGGAGAGAUGCCCUGUGCGGAGAGUGAUACUGAAGGAGACAUGUCCUGUGCUGAGAAUGAUGCAGAAGGAGAGAUGCCCCGUGCUGAGACCAACACAAAAGAAGAGGCACCUUGUGCUGAGAGCACUGUGGAAGGAGAGAUGCCUGGCACUGACAGCGAUGGGGAAGGGGAAAUGCCCUGUGCCGAGAGUGAUGAAAAAGGAGAGGCAUCUUGUUAUGAGAGUGAUGGGGAAGAAGUACCGGGUACUGAAAUCCCUGCUGCUUCAAAGAAAAUGUCUUCUGUUUAUUCUCCCUUGCGGGCAAUCAUCCGCCUGCGACGACGAUACUUGGUGCAAAAGAAAAGCCAUCUGCAUUUAGAGCUCCCUCGAGAAAAGUCUUCACAGCUUGUCCAUACAAGGCUGCUUCAAAGGCAGCUUUCCCUGAACCGAACUAACCUGUAUGGCUCUUCCAUGUCCUUCUUUAAUCAGACCAGCUUCAAAACUUCCCAGUACUUCACCUUUGACACAUCUGUGGAGCAGUAUGCUAUGAAAAAAUGCAGGCGGAAAAAGAAUCAAAGGAAAUCUAGGAUAGUCCUGUAUCCAGAUAAAACAAAAAGAUACCUUCCAACAGAGGAGAAGAGCAAGGCAAAACGCUGCCUCCUCUUGCUCAUUGUCAUUAUUUUCUUCCAGAUUCUCAAUGCAAUAGAGAACCUGGAUGACAACCUCCAAAAAUAUGACCUAGAUGGUUUGGAGAAAACAAUGCACCGGGAAGUAUUUGGGCAGAAGGUAGCUGUGGAAAGUAUUAUGGAAUUACUGAAAGACUAUCUGGCUACCCACAUACACAACAAGCCUCUAGUAAUCUCUUUAAAUGGCCCGACAGGAGUUGGGAAGAGUCAUGUUGGCUGGCUGCUGGCCAAACAUUUUCGUUCCGUCAUGGACAAUGACUUUGUGCUUCAGUACUUUGUUAUGCAUCACUGCCCCAACGGGGUGGCCCCUCUUACUUGCGAAAUAGAUUUGUCUAAGAAGAUUUCUGACAUGGUUACAAGAGCCGAAAUAGAAGAGAAGAUACCAUUGUUUAUUCUGGAUGAGGUUGAACUCAUGUCUCCAGUCCUGCUGGAUACUCUCAGCCGAUUCUUUGAACCCAAUCAAACCAACGAGUUCCUCAACGCCAUCUACAUUUUAAUAAGCAACAUAGGAGGUGGUGAAAUAACAAAGUUUGUUAUCCAGAAUGCAUCCGCUGAGCUUCUGCAUCAGCAAAGGGGAGUUGAAGAACUACUGAGCGUCGUCCGGCCUGUACUGAUUGAUGCCCACCCUCUCUGGAAAUCUGUGGACAUUAUCCCAUUUGUUCUUCUGGAGAAGACUCACGUCAUAAACUGCUUCAUAGAGGAGAUGAGGAGGGAAGGGCUGUAUCCCGACCAGAAGCGUAUUGAAAAUUUAGCGAGUCAGCUCAGUUACUACACUACAGGAGACAAGCAGUACUCCAGGAUGGGCUGCAAGCAGGUUGUGGCCCAAGUCAACCUGCUGUAG